AUGCAGCCCAAGUCUCCCAGGAGGGACUCAACAUCAUCGCUCUCUUCGAUCUUCGCCACCGACCACGAAGACGAAGGCAGCACGCGCGACCCACCCGUCCGGCGAACCUGGAUCAAAGUCACAAAAGCACGACCGACACGUCCCCCCGCGCCUCCUCCAUCCCGACCGGCCAACAGCUUCAUCCUCUUCCGCGGCGACUUCAGCCGCAACUACCGCCAGCAGAACCCCAAGAGCAGGACGACCUCGCAGCUGAUCAGCCAGAUGGCCAGCAAGGCCUGGGCAGAGUCGUCGGAGGAGGUCCGCCAGCAGUACGGCGAGCUUUCCGUUGCUCGGGCCCGGGAACACAGGCAGAUGCUCGCCGCCCAUCAGGCUGACAAGCCGUGCGCAGUGGCGCAGUCCGGUGCUGCGGUGACCGCCACCACCGGUGCUGCCGAUGCUUCCGCGGCAUCGUCCGACGCUGCGACACGCGUGACCGCAGCCGCUGCCAAGCGGUGGCGGAAGGUCUCGACAGCAUCGCAGCGGAAGCGCAAGUCGAUCGACGCCGCCCUGGAGGCAGCGACGCCCAGCGAUCCGGCAGUGGCAGCACCGCCCAUCGAGCUGAUCAAGCGUAGCCCAGCUAAGAGAGGGAGGCGGAGUCUGGAUGCUUUGCAGACAUCCUCGCAGUCGACCGGCGCGAAAGCAUCUGCUCAAAACACGAGGAGCCGCUCACAGUCGGUGUCUUCGGCGGUACAUGCUCGAGCAUCGCAGCCCGACCAGCCCGAAAAGGCACAGCCGCCUCCCCUUCCCGUCGGCCAAGCUGUGACGACUGAGGGCAAGGAAGACCUUGUGGACGGCCUCUACAAGGCAUUGGGACCGGAGAAGGCGCGGAAGCUGGCCGAGUCCCUGAAGCGGCGCGGCUGGACGGUGCCCUCGCUAUCGCAGACCGAUCAGCACAGUUCCGGUCCUGGCUCACAGACGGCUCCGCUCCCGCGCCGUCCAGAGGAGUUCGGGAUGCAAGCGCCACACAUCACCCUCCGGACUCGUAACGCUGCUGACCAUGCAGCCUUGCAGGACUGGACAGUGACUUCGUCAUACAGCGCAACCGCCCCUCGGCCAGACGGCACAGCGGCUCCGUGGGAGGUGUUUGCCAACCACACCAUGUGUCAAGCCCCUCCGCGAGCAUACUACUCGGAUGCGAUGCUCGAGCAACUUGGCCUUCUCACGGCUCCGCCUGACACCUGCGCAGGGCAGGCCGCACCUGACUUCGACAUCGCCGAAUCGCACGCAGCUGAUGGAGCAACAAGCGACACGAUCCAACCCAAGCAGCACGAAUCGCCUCGAGACGGCCAUGACUACCGCGGCAAAAUGGCGGCAGAUCCUUCGCACCAGUACGACAUCUUCGAUCCGUUUCAGCAGCAGCCAGCGGAUCUGCCAGCGGCCGACGGAUAUGGCCUUCCGCAGCGGCAGCUCCAUCAGCCCACGAUAGCGUCGACCAACGAGUCAGCCGUCAUCGACGAUCUUCUCCGCGCCAUCUUUCCAGAGACCUCGCAGCCGCGGCUCGACCCGAACUUCGCCACCGAGCUCAAGCUGUUCUCACAACCUCCAAAGCUUGACUCGGAUGCAAGCGUGCAAGCUACGUUCAGCAGCUUUGACCGGCAGGAUCACCCUCUUGCUCAGACAGCUGUCUGCGAGGCGAACGCGUAUGGCGAGUCGUGCACUAUGUUGAGCAACUCGGCAGCGGCCGGCGCUGACCACGGCGCGACCGACCUCAUGCCGGCCUUCGACAUGCCUGCCGCAAUUGACCAGCUGCCAGUAGUGUCAAGUCCCAAAGUCGAGACUUUCGACCCUCCGAUGCUCGGUCCGCUGUUCUUCGACGUUGCCUCCUCGACACUAGCCACGACGCCAGCUGCCGACGCCACGCGCGCCCAGACUCAACAGCAGCAACCGCCGGGCACGCCAUCCGGGACGCCGACCCGCAGUCAGUCGCUGCGACAUCGUCGGCAGCAGUCGCGCAGCAAGUCGCCGGGACGCAAGGAGCGGCAUCAGCGACGCAAUUCGCACGCCCCCACCUCGAUGCCCUUCUCUCCGCCCGUCACUGGCGUCGACUCGACCUGGCUGCAGGACUUCCUGGAUCAGACGGCGGUGCACGCCGCGCCGAUGCACAACUUUAGCCGUCCACUCUCCAUCACCUCUCCGCCUCCCACGGCUGCGCCGAACCAGGCGCCGAGUACGGUGAAGACCGAUACUGAGGUGCCGGAGUGGGGCAGCUGGCUGCAGAACCUCGAUCCAUCGGCUGGCUACGGCGGUCCGAGCUUGGGCCAAGCGGCUUCGACGAUCUCAGCACCGAACGCGGUGCCGCCAUGGCACCCAGUCGCCGACUCAUUGAGUCCGAUCAAGGCACCGUCACCGGUCAUCAUGAAUCACAACUAUCCCUCAAGCAGUUCGGCGCAACAGCCGCACCACGCGCACGACCUCGGCGACGCCUCCGCCGCCCCACAUCAUCCGGCCGCCUCAUCAGGAGCAAGGUCGAGUCUCGAGGCGGCCAUGACCUUCCGCCGCCAGAUCCCGCCGCCCUUGUCUCUGCACAGUCCGCCGUCCUCCACGACGUCCACCGGUGGCGGAGCGAGCACGGGCAGUACCACUGACGCGACGUCGACGUCGGCGUCGACGUCGAAGCUGGCCAAAUGGGCCACAAAGGCGACGCAAAAGUCGCGCACCCUCCUUGACCGCUUCAAGUCGACGCCGCUCUCGCCGCACCGGCAAGCUCAGCACGGAGCCUUCUCCCCGCCUCCGAAUGUGUUGCCGCGCCCGCUUUUCGUCUACCUGGACGAGACGGCCGAGGCUGCAGAGGGGGAAGGGCAAGCGCAAGCGCAAGGGUCGGCACCGUACCCCUCCUCGGCUUGCCUCACUGCCAUUGAGACUGUUUCUGUGCCUCCAGAUACGGCCUCGUUUUCGCUAGAACAGCAGCAGCAGCAGCCACAGCAAGCGGGCAAGGUGGAACAGAGGGGAGGAGGAGCAAGGCAGACGACGCCCGUUGCGGAACAGCCGACCAUCAAGCUCAACGGGGAGUACACGCGCGAGGAGCUGCUAAGGCUCGUCCAGGGACGAAUCUGA